AAAGCAAAAACUACUGGAUAUAAGAGCAUAUCGUGUGACUUAUUAAGGCAACGAUAUCCCCAAUUUUAGUUGAGUCCAGCUCAACGAGAGAUUUGAAGAAGUGUUUCUUGAGAAAUUUGUGUCGCGAAGCUGUCAAGAAUGGACAUAACUUUAAAGUUUCUUUUUUUAAUUUAUCUCCUAUUUCUGACAGUUUUUGCAUAAAAUUAAACCAUAUACCGACCGAAAUGACCACCUUGCGUAUGCACCCGAAAGCAAAUUUUAGUACAUCUUCAUAUGCAAUUGAGAGCAUUUGUUGAACACUUUUCUUGCACCCAUCUGACUUUUCCAAUUUCAUUUUUAUCUUUAAAUUCCUUAACUAAAUAUGCACUCUACACAUGUGAAUACUCGUGUAUAUGUAAUAUGUAUGUACGUCUUGGUUGGAAUUGUCAGCUAUUAGAUAGGUAGGUUCGGUUUAUUCAUGCCAUUCACCGCUGCCUUGGUCUGUUUGCGUGUUAUAUAUGUAUGUACAUAUAAGCAUGUUUGAACAACUUUUCGGGCACCACCACUGGAUAUUUAUUCCCUCUCCAGCAUUGGUUUCUCCUUCUCCUAUAUUUCUGAUUUUCAUUCUAGUUGGCCUCUUUAGCGUAGUUCUUCUAUAGCAUGGUUCGUUGUCUGAGUUCUCGUAUGUUUGCUCGCACUUUUUGGUUAUUAUUCGUUCUCGUAGUGUAUUCAUUUGCUCGUUUUCCUACAAUUUCUCCGAUUUGACUGCCUCACUUGCUGGCUGCUUGCUUGCUCGCACGCUCGUUCUUUCGUUCGUUCGUUGGUUGGUUGUAUCUCUUGCAAUAUAUCUCACUAUCUCACUAUCUCACCUUUAGUACAUUUUCAGUCGUUUGCCGGGAAAGUUGCAUUUUCUGCAUAGAACGGACGGUGUAUUUCGCGAAGGCGUGCUAGCACUAUUAGUUUAAAAUUCAUUAUAGAAAAUAUAUGUAUACCUGACGAUAUACAUAUCAGUAAACCGUGUGUACAUAAGCAACGACGCAGCGUUUACUGCAUUAUAACGACCCGUAAAAAUAUAAAAAGAAAAAGAAUUCAGCUGAAUUAAGUGAUUGAGUAUUAAAGGACACGAAUUUUGUUGGAAAAGCGCGUGAUUCAGUUGAUGGUGGUGGAACACAGGCUGCUGGAACAUCAGGUACCGGUGGUGGUGGCGGCGGCGGAGGUGGCGGCGGUGGAGGAACACGCAACACAACCAGUUCCGGCAACAUGUAUGCCACCCGCCAAGCUGUAGGCGCCUCAACGGGGGUACUUAUGGUCGGACCAAAUUUUCGUGUUGGUAAAAAAAUUGGCUGUGGUAAUUUCGGAGAACUGCGUUUAGGCAAAAAUCUGUACAACAAUGAACACGUAGCAAUAAAAAUGGAGCCUAUGAAGUCGAAGGCUCCACAACUACAUUUAGAGUAUAGGUUUUAUAAACUAUUAGGAUCACAUGAUAACUGCCCUGAAGGUAUACCGCGCGUAUAUUAUCUGGGCACAUGUGGUGGCCGUUAUAAUGCCAUGGUAUUAGAGUUAUUGGGACUAUCCUUAGAAGAUCUCUUCAAUAUUUGUUCCCGUAAAUUUUCUCUUAAGACUGUACUGAUGAUAUCUAAGCAACUUCUCCACCGGAUCGAAUAUGUUCAUAGUCGGCACUUAAUUUAUAGAGAUGUUAAACCUGAGAAUUUUCUUAUAGGCAGAACAUCGACGAGGCGAGAAAAAAUUAUACAUAUAAUUGAUUUCGGUUUGGCCAAAGAAUACAUUGAUUUAGAUACAAAUAGGCAUAUACCAUAUCGGGAGCAUAAAUCUCUCACCGGCACCGCACGUUAUAUGUCAAUAAACACACAUAUGGGUAGAGAGCAAUCAAGGCGCGAUGAUUUAGAAGCAUUAGGGCAUAUGUUCAUGUAUUUCUUAAGAGGUUCACUGCCGUGGCAAGGCCUUAAGGCUGAUACACUUAAAGAACGAUAUCAAAAAAUUGGUGAUACAAAACGUGCAACACCCAUUGAGGUGCUUUGCGAUGGACAUCCCGAAGAAUUUGCAACUUACUUGCGUUAUGUGCGGCGAUUAGAUUUUUUUGAAACGCCCGAUUAUGAGUUUCUGCGAAGACUGUUUCAAGACUUAUUCGAUCGUAAGGGCUAUGUGGAUGAUGGAGAAUUCGACUGGACAGGGAAGACAAUGUCAACGCCUGUCGGAUCUCUGCAAACUGGCCAUGAAGUCAUCAUUUCACCAAAUAAAGAUCGUCAUAAUGUAACAGCUAAGACAAAUGCCAAAGGAGGUGUUGCUGCGUGGCCGGAUGUGCCAAAACCGGGCGCCACACUUGGCAAUCUAACACCAGCCGAUCGGCAUGGCUCAGUGCAGGUUGUGAGUUCCACAAAUGGCGAAUUGAAUGCGGACGAUCCCACUGCUGGUCACUCAAAUACUCCUAUAACGCAACAGCCCGAGGUGGAGCUUGUCGAUGAAACAAAUUCAUUCCUGUGUUGUCUUUGCAGAUGUUGUUGUUUCUUUAAACGAAAGAAGAAGAAAUCAUCACGUCAAAAAUGACUAGACGGUGUCCAAUGUAGUCCAGAACGCGAAGCUGUUACACUGCUGCGCGCCACUUCACAUUCAAAUUCACGGGAUAGCGUAUUGAAUAAUCCAAGUCAGGAUUAUAUACAACAGGCAACGUCACAGCAUACGUUGCGUUAUCCUCCAUCCGCGUCGAUGUUGACGCCAACACCAACUACAAACACACCGACACUUCCGUUGUAAUUUAUAAACAAACAAAAAAGAAAAAAAUAGAGAAAAAACAUACAUGCAAACAUACAUACAUACAUACAUACUACAUUUAUCAUUUCUUAAGUUUAAAGAAGAAAAAAUAAAAAAUGAAAAAUUACAAAAAAAAAAUAAAUAAAAUCAAAUGUUGCAGAAAAACACAAAAAUAGAGUAAAAACUACUAAAAAAAAAGAGGUUGGAUUAUGCAUCCACGAAAAAAAAAUUAUGUAACUUCAAAUUCACACAAACAGAAAUUUCAUUUAAAUUAUUAACUCAAAAAAAAAACAAGGAAAUUGUAAAAACAGAAGAAAAGAACAAGAAAAAAUUAAGAGAAGCAGUGAAAAACAAAUAGCAGAAAUGGCAGUAAGCAGAAGAUACUAAAAGUAAUUAAGCGUUUGUACUAUUAUAAACCGAUGCAAACAUAUAUGUAUACACACCUACACACACGCACAAUCAUUAUCUAAUUAAAUACUUUGCUUUCGCCCUUCCCAUGCUGGCUAAGUACAUGGAAAAUUGUUGUUAUGUUAAGCGAGACAUAUAAAAAAAACUUUUGAAAUUAUUACAUACAUACAUAUGCAGUUGUAUGCGCAUACUCCAACAGUGACAAGUACAACUGGCUAAUCAAUUUAUUAAUUGAUAUUAUUACAUUUUUGCUGAAAGGAAAUUUUUAAUUGAAAUAUGUUUGAAAACAUUCACUAUACAGUUGGCUACAGCAAUGCUGGUUUGUCCAGCUAAUAAUUUCUAAAACUUAGCUUAGCUAAAUAAACGCUCUUUCCAACUUUCUUGAAAAUAUAUAAUGGUAAUAUUUUUGCUCAAUUGAAAGCAUUAAAGUCAGCUACAAAUUUUUUAGUACAUUUCUAUAUUGCUUCAUUGCUUUUACCUUUUAGAUAGGUCCUAGCGCAGUAGCAAGUUGCAUUCUUCUACUGUAAUCUUUUUGUUUGUUAUAUACCUACUUUUAGGCGCUUUAACUAUUUUCAAAUCGUUGCUUAUUUAUUCUCGCUAGCUGCCGUCUUAGUUUUAUCAAAAGGAAGAAAAAAAUAAAAAUAAAAAAAUUAAAAAAUCAAUAUUUAAACAAAAUUUCCUGAAGUAAAAAUUAAAACAAAAUUAAUUGCUUGUUGUUAUGCCUAUUUUUCAUGCACUUAGCCUUUUCAUUUUGGCUGGCACCAACCAUCAGCGUUCUUCCAAAUGUUUUCAAAAAUCACAAAUCACAUGGAAAUUUGGCUUCGUUAUUCGUUUUUCCUCCCCUUUUGUUUAAAUUAAUUAUUGAGUUUUAACCAACCACCCAUCAAUCUCAUUCACCACACUUCUGCCGCAUACACCAUUUAUGCUGAUAAUUAAAAAAAAAAUACAACAACUCAUUUUAUUGUGUAGAAUUGUGUAUGCUGCUACAAUUAGCUGCUAUGUAUGAAUUAUGUUUGAGUAUGAAAAUCUACUAGUAUAUAAAUAUAUAUAAAAAUUUUUUUUUUUUUUUGAAAUGUGUGAAAAAGUCCAUUUAGGCAUGCGCAGUAGUAUAGCAAACUAUAGUGUUUAUUUUUUGUUUUUCAUUUUGUAUUUUUUUGCGUGGCUGACAUUAUGCUGACAUAAAUUAAUUAAGUAGAAAAGAAAA